UUGAAAAUGUAAGAAGGACGCAACACAAAAUGUCUCGUCACCAAGUGCCGUUUUACUGACUUUAGUCAACUACGUGAAAUUAAAUAUACAUGAAGCUUACAAAAAUACAUAUGGGGUGUUAAAAUGUAAAGGUUCGUUUGAAAUUUUCAAGUUAGUACGCCAAUGUUCGCAUGAACGAUAAGUAGAGAAGCUCAGAGUGUUCUGUCAAGUAAAGUUAACCCUACCGUGUUGUAAUAUUGGGGACGAAUGUCGAAGUGAAUUAUACAAUUAGAAGUAAAAUGAAUUUACCCAGCGUAAAUGAUUACUCUUUGUUAGAAAAAAUCGGCUCAGGAAGUUAUGCCAUUGUCUACAAAGCAUUCAAGAAGGAUGGAUGCCGAGAGGUAGUCGCAAUCAAGUGUGUAGACAAAUCGUCGCUCUCCAAAUCAGCUAUCGAUAAUAUUGUCACAGAGAUCUAUCUCCUAAAGAUUCUACGGCAUGAAAAUAUUGUGGAAAUGAAGGACUUUUUUUGGGAUGAAGGGCACAUAUACAUCGUGAUGGAAUACUGUGAUGGCGGUGAUUUAUCCAGUUUUAUAAGGAGGAAGCACAAACUACCUGAACAAAUUUGCCGUCGAUUUUUGCAACAGCUCGCAUUUGCUUUAAAAUAUUUGCGCAAUAACAAUGUCUUUCACAUGGACUUGAAACCGCAGAACUUAUUGCUAACGAGAAGGCCUCAAUUAACAUUAAAAGUUGGAGAUUUCGGUUUCGCUCAGUAUCUUUCAAACUCAGAGCAAAAAUUUGCCAUUCGUGGGUCUCCGCUUUACAUGGCGCCAGAAAUUUUAUUGAAACGCAAGUACGACGCUCGCGUCGAUUUGUGGAGCGUUGGUGUGAUUAUGUAUGAAUGCCUUUUCGGUAAAGCUCCAUAUUCUAGCAGUAGCUUUCAGGAACUAGCUGAAAAGAUCAAGGACAGCCGACCUAUAGAGUUACCAAAAGGAUCGCACGUGUCGCAAGAGUGCAAGGAUUUAUUGAUGUCCUUAUUGAGACACGACCCUGAUAAGAGGAUAACGUUUGAUGAAUUUUUCGCUCAUGAUUUUCUCGAUUUGACUCAUGCGCCAACGAAGGAAAAUUAUGACAAGGCAGUAGAGUUAGUUCAGAAGGCUGUGAAAAUGGAUGCAGAGAAAAAUUUGAAAGAAGCAUUUUAUUUGUAUUGUGAUGCUCUUAGAUAUUUUAUUCCUAUUCUUACAAGUGAGACUGAUUUCAAGCGAAAAGAAAGCUUAAGAUUACGUAUAAAUGAUUAUAUUAAAAGAGCAGAAGUAUUGAAAGCAUUGUGUAUGGAUAAUUGUAAUGAUAAAGAUAAAUGUGUACCUGCGGAGGAUAAAGGAAAUUCUUCUAUUCAGAAGAUAUCGUUCUUAAAUGGCAGACUGUCGAUUGUUUACGAUGAACUACGGAUGCUUAGCAAAAGUACAACCAGUAUGGCGGAUGGGCUUGAAAAAGGAGAUAUCGCCGAACUGUACCUUGUAGAGGGAAAUUAUGCACUCGCGUUAGAAAAAUUUCAGUCGUGUCUAGGGAUUUUGAUACCCCUGCUAGGAAAAGAACCAGCAGGAAGAAGGAGAGACUUAUUACAUAAACAGGUACAAUUUUGGAUGAAAGAAGCCGAAAGUACCAAAGGGCUUUUAGCUACUAAAGAUAUUGAAGACUCCGCGCAACGUAGUACUGAUCCGUUCGAGCAAUGCAUAAUGCAGUGAUUCAGAUUUUACACUUAAUAUAGAACGUUAUUUUCACUGGUAGCACAUAGCUAAAUUUUUGCGAAACAAAUACAAAUGCUGUGUCAUUCGUAUCACAUCAUAUUAUGGAAAAAUAAACAAUUUUGCACUUAAUUUUCCAAUGCAAAUGAUAUUUACUUGAUAAAUACAGUAUUCCUCGGCUACAUAUUAUCCA